AUGAGGCAUAUGCUCGGCGUGCGCACCAAGUAUACGCGUUCAGACUGGUACAACGCGAUGCGACUAGAUCCAGGAAACGACAACGUGCUGUCCACCAGAGACGAUACAGUGCACACCAGACUCCGGUCUCAGAUGGCGGGAGGGUAUGCUGGCAAAGAUGUCGUCGACCUUGAAGCCAAAAUCGACGAGAGCAUUCUUCGACUCAUGUCGAUGAUUGAUACAUAUGCUUCUCAGGACAAAAGAUUCGACUUCGGUCUGAAGGCGCAGUACUUCACGCUCGACGUCAUUUCAGAUCUCGCAUUCGGCAAGCCGUUCGGCGGUCUGGCUUCCGAUUCGGACGUUUACGACUACAUUCACACGACGGAACAAAGUAUGCCGAACAUCGUCGUCACGGCCGUUCUGCCUUCUCUACUCCAUGUCUUAUCGUGGCCUCUGCUUCGGCGGCUGUUGCCUUCGGAAGAUGACGCCACCGGCUUCGGAAGGCUGAUUCGGAUGGCGAAGGAAAUCGCCGGCGAGCGCUUCGGGCCGAGCAAGAAGACGAGGCAAGACAUGCUUGGCUCUUUCGUAGCACACGGCCUGACGCAAAAGGAGGCGUCGUCGGAAAUCCUCAUGCAAAUACUCGCUGGAUCGGACACGACGGCCACGGCGAUCCGAGCUACGCUGCUUCACCUCAUCACCAACCCACGAGUGCUCGCGACACUUCGUGCAGAGAUCGAGCGCUUCCGGCCGUCUUGGCCUGUCGUGACAGAAGCGGAGGCGCGAAAGAUGCCUUACCUGCAGGCUGUCAUCAAGGAAGGCUUACGUAUCUUUCCUCCAGUUGUCGGACAGAUGUCGAAGGAAGUCCCCAAAGGCGGCGACACUUUCAAAGGCGUGCACUUACCGGAGGGAACGCGCAUCGGUUACGGAGCGUGGGGUAUCUUCCGCCGAGGCGACAUUUGGGGUCAGGAUGCCGACGACUUCCGACCGGAUCGAUGGCUCACGGCGGAUGCGGACAGCCUGAGAUCGAUGGAGGCAACGCUCGAGCUUGUCUUCGGCCACGGCAAAUGGAAGUGUCUCGGACGGAAUGUGGCGAUGAUGGAGCUGCAGAAGUUAUUUGUUGAGGUACGUUGCGCGUGUCCGGCGUAUGGUUCUGCUCUUGCGAAGACGACGUACUGA